AAAUGUGGACUCUUAAAUAUUAGAUCUCUGUCAUCUAAGGGUGUACUUGUAAAUGAUUUAAUAUCAGAUAAUCAUAUUGAUUUAUUUUGUCUUACUGAAACCUGGCUGUGUCAUGAAGAGUACGUUAGCCUUAAUGAAUCAACUCCUCCAAGUUAUAUUAAUACUCAUAUUCCUCGAGGCACAGGCCGAGGAGGUGGAGUAGCAGCUAUCUUUGACUCAAGCCUAUUAAUAAACCCUAAACCUAAAUUAAAUUACAACUCAUUUGAAAGCCUUGUUCUUAGUCUUUCAAACCCGAGCGGGAAAGCAUUAAAGUCAAUUUUAUUUGUUAUAGUGUAUCGUGCACCAGGUGCGUAUUCUGAAUUCCUAUCUGAAUUCUCAGAGUUUUUAUCUAGUUUAGUCCUUAAGACAGAUAAAGUUAUUAUUGUAGGGGAUUUUAAUAUUCAUGUGGAUGUGUAUAAUGAUAGCCUUAGUACUGCGUUUGGUUCAUUACUAGAUUCUAUUGGCUUCUGUCAGUGUGUACAUAAACCGACUCACUCUUUUAACCAUACCCUCGACCUUGUUCUGGUAUAUGGUAUUGAAGUAGAAAAUGUAAUUGUCUCUCAACAGAACUCUCUUUUAUCGGACCAUUUUCUAAUAACCUUUGAAUUUGCUGCAGGCAGUGUUUUCCUGCUCUGUGGGCAAGCCAUCCCCAAUCAACCUCUUACCAUUCAACAAGUCCCAUUUACCAAGGUUCCCACUACUCACUCACCCACAUUCACCACCUCUCAUGAAGCCUCCAAUGAUCUUGUGAGAACACUCGCUGAAGCGAUUACAGCCAAUCGUAUCCCAAUCCCAGAACCGGCUGUCUUCGUAGGAGAUCCUCUCAAGUAUAAUGAUUGGAAGCUUUCAUUCUGUACUCUGAUUGAUCGUAAGAACCUGCCAACUCAAGAAAAACUCUUCUUUUUGCGCAAGUACGUUGGUGGCCCAGCCAAAAGAGCUAUUGAAGGACAUUUCCUAGUAGCAACAGAAACGGCUUACAAAACCGCCUGGGACAAACUUGAGGACAGAUACGGCAAUCAGUUUGUAAUUGGUAAGGCAUACCGCGACAAGAUACACGCAUGGCAUAAAAUUGGUCACAAGGACAGCGAAGAUCUUCAACAUCUAGAGCAUGAAAUGUCUCCAGAGCUUGACUGUGAAGUAGGAUUGUUGAUAGGCUAUAACUGCCCCCAAGCCCUUCUUCCCAGAGACGUCAUUAGUGGCAGUGAGGACCAGCCAUACGCGCUCAAGUCUGCGUUGGGUUGGAGCAUCGUUGGCUACAGCAAUGCUGGCCUUGAACAUGAUGAUGAAAUAGGCAUGAGUCACCGUAUCAUCACAAAGCAAGUCAUACCAGCAAUCAAGUCUUCAGUUGAACUCAAAUCUGAAGUCCAUUUUGUUUGCAGGACCCAAGUCAGAGAAAUUAUGACUCCAGCAGACAUAAUCAAAGUCUUCGAGUCAGAUUUCACUGAGAGGACCAGUGAAGAAGUGUCAAUGUCACAAGAAGACAUCAAGUUUUUGGCAAAGAUUAAAGAGGGCAUCAAGCAAAAGCCUAAUGGACACUACGAAAUGCCAUUGCCUUUCAAGGAAGAAAGGCCAAGUCUGCCAAACAACAAAGCGUACGCAGAAAAUCGGCUUAAAUGCCUGGAGAAACGUUUGACAAAGGACGAACAAUACCACAAUGAUUAUGUGGCUUUCAUGGAGGACAUGAUCGCAAGAGAUGAUGCUGAAAAGGUUCCAGAGAUGGAUAUGUGCAAUCGGACAGUAUGGUAUAUCCCUCACCAUGGAGUUUAUCAUCCCCAAAAGCCAGGAAAGAUUCGCGUCGUCUUUGAUUGUUCAGCAAAAUAUCGGAACACAUCACUGAACGAACAUCUACUCACUGGGCCAGACCUUACCAAUGCCCUCGUAGGGGUCUUGUGUCGUUUCCGUAAGGGGCAAGUAGCCAUCAUGUGUGAUGUGGAGCGUAUGUUCCAUCAGUUUCAUGUUGCACCAAGGGACCAAGACUACCUCAGAUUCCUGUGGUGGGAAGGAGGUAAUCUGGAAGCUCCCCCAUCAGUGUAUCGCAUGAAGGUUCACAUAUUUGGUGCUGCCUCAUCGCCAGGAUGUGCAAACUUCGGGCUUAAGCACCUCGCUGCACAAGGAGCAGGCAAAUUUAGCGAAGCCACCUUGAGAUUUAUCCAACGCAACUUUUACGUUGAUGAUGGACUGGCAAGUGUCGACAAUGAAGCAGAAGCCAUCCAGCUAGUCAAAGAAGCAAGAGAUCUCUGCUGCACUGGUAUGCUCCGCUUACACAAAUUCCUUACCAAUAGCAAGGAGGUGCUUGCCACGAUCCCAAAGAAAGAAUGCGCAGAUGGUGCUACCGACCUGGACUUGGCCCUCGGCGAACCCAAGAUAGAAAGGGCUCUUGGGGUCCAGUGGUGCCUUAGCUCAGAUAAGUUCCAGUUCAGAGUCGAGGUAAAGGAAAAUCCCUUUACCAGAAGAGGAGUAUUGUCAACAGUGGCCUCAAUUUUUGAUCCUCUUGGAUUUGUUGCACCCUUCAUUUUGAUCGGGAAGCAGAUCCUGCAAAGGAUGUGUCGGGAGAAGAUGGACUGGGAUGAACCACUUCCUGAUGACCUCAAGCUGCCCAACCGCGUUCAGCGGAUUAAAUCCAGCACAGAGCCAAGUCAGUGGCAUUAUGUUGCUUCAAAGGAGAACCCAGCUGACCAUGCCUCUCGUGGGCGCACUGUAAAGGAGCUUGUAGAGUCCAACUGGUUUACAGGACCGAGUUUCCUGUGGCAAAGAGAACUCCCUCAGGAAGAAGAAAUUAAGGUGGGAGAGCUUGAUGACGAGGACCCAGAACUCAAAGGAGCACAGGUUCACACUACUGAAGCACAGGAGGACAGUAAAAGGAGCCGGAGCCUCGAGUAUUUCAAUGGGGCCUAUUAUUCAGCAUUAAUAGAGAAAAAUAAGAACAACCCUAGGGUUCUCUUCAGCACUGUAGCCAGGCUGACAGAGAGUCACAGCUGCUCAUUUGAGCCGUGUAUUCCUAUAAACCUCAGUAGUAGUGACUUCAUGAACUUAAACUUUAAUGAUAAGAUUCUAACUAUUAGAGAAAAAAUUUAUAAUCUACUGCCCUCAACCAGUACCGAUCGAUCCACAGCUGUAGAACCUGAAAUAUAUUUAGAUGGCUUUUCUCCCAUCGACCUUCAACAAUUGACUUUAACUAUUUCUAAGUCUAAACCUUCCACCUGUCUCUUAGAGACAGACCCGAUUCCGACUAGGCUGCUUAAGGAAGUUUUACCUUUAAUUAGCAACUCCUUAUUAGAAAUUAUCAAUCUGUCUUUACUGACGGGCCAUGUACCACAGGCCUUCAAACUAGCUGUAAUUAAACCUCUUCUUAAGAAACCUACUCUAGAUCCAGAGGUGUUGGCUAACUAUAGACCUAUAUCUAACCUUCCGUUCCUCUCUAAGAUCCUUGAGAAAGCAGUAGCAAAUCAGCUCUGUGACUUUAUGCAUAACAAUAGUUUAUUUGAGGAUUUUCAGUCAGGAUUUAGAGUGAAUCAUAGCACAGAGACGGCACUGGUGAAAAUUACCAAUGACCUUCUAAUAGCUUCAGACAAAGGACUUGUCUCUGUACUUGUAUUGCUAGACCUUAGUGCUGCAUUUGAUACCAUUGAUCACCAAAUCCUAUUACAGAGAUUGGAGCAUCUAAUAGGCAUUAAAGGAACCGCACUUAGCUGGUUUAAGUCGUAUUUAUCAGACCGAUCUCAGUUUGUAUAUGUAAACAAUGAAAGCUCGAUGAAAACCAGGGUUAGUCACGGAGUUCCACAGGGGUCUGUUCUUGGACCUAUUUUAUUUACUUUAUAUAUGCUUCCCUUGGGGAAUAUUAUCAGAAAACACUCAGUAAACUUUCAUUGUUAUGCAGAUGAUACCCAGUUGUAUCUAUCAAUUAAGCCAGACGAAACUAACCAGUUCUCUAGACUUCAAGCAUGUCUUACGGACAUAAAAACCUGGAUGACCUGUAACUUUUUAAUGUUAAACUCUGAAAAAACAGAAGUUAUCCUACUAGGUCCAGAUCACCUUCGAAUUCAAUUAUCUAACGAUAUAGUUUCUCUAGAUGGCAUUGCUCUAGCAUCCAGCACUACCGUUAAGAACCUUGGAGUUAUCUUUGACCAGGAUCUGUCUUUUAACUCUUAUAUAAAACAGAUCUCAAGGACAGCCUUUUUUCAUUUACGUAACAUUGCGAAAAUCAGGCAAAUCCUGUCUCAAAGUGAUGCAGAAAAACUAGUUCAUGCAUUUGUUACCUCUAGACUAGAUUACUGUAACUCCUUAUUAUCAGGCUGCUCUAAUAGGUCUCUUAGAUCUUUACAGUUGAUCCAGAAUGCUGCAGCACGUGUUCUAACAAAAACUAAGAAAAGAGAUCAUAUUACUCCAGUAUUAGCUUCUCUGCACUGGCUCCCUGUUAAAUCAAGAAUAGAAUUUAAAAUUCUUUUACUUACCUACAAAGCUCUAACUGGUCAGGCACCGUCUUAUCUUAAGGAACUUAUAGUUCCAUAUUACCCAACUAGAGAGCUGCGCUCAAUCAAUGCAGGGUUACUUGUGGUUCCUAGAGUAUAUAAAAGUAGGAUGGGAGCCAGAGCCUUCAGUUAUCAGGCUCCUCUUCUGUGGAACCAGGUUCCAGUUUCAGUCCGGGCAGACACACUCACCACUUUCAAGAGCAGGCUUAAGACCUUCCUUUUUGAUAGCGUCACCCUGGUAGCUGGCAUGAUGCCAGAGCAUUUCGCCACACCGACGUUGCACGGCUCUUGGAAGAGGAUCCUCAGGCCCUGGUCCCAGAUGGGAAUGCACAUCAUCGGGAUUCAGCGUAUCCUCUGUUGCGACACCUCAUGA